GACGGUGCUGGGGUUCGCCGAGGUCGCGUCGCAGCCGGCGGAGGAGCGCCAGGCCACCUGCGCCCGACCGCCAGCCUGCUGCCGCUCGCUGCUUGCUGCUCGGUCGCUGCUGGCUGCCCCUGUGCUCACAAGCGCUCAGCCCCGACGGCGGCGGCUCGAAGCCCAUUCCUUGAGUCGGCACUCCGCGGCUCCAGCAUCCCGUCCCCAGUGCGGCGACAGCGAGCCCCAGCCCCGCCCCUAGCACCGCAUCCAGGCCGGCCGCAGAAGCAGCAUCCUCCGCGUCAGCAGGCCGAGGGCUUCAGAGAUCACGCAUCGCCUGCCGUGGCUGCAUACUCUGCUGGUUGCGGCCUACCUGCGAUCUUCGGCCACCGCGUGCAACGGCCGCGCUGCCGCCUGACCUGGGAGCAACGCGCCCCCGACUCAAGCCAUCUAGCUUCCCUUGGACCCCCCGCAGCAGAUCCAGUAACCAGUUCGCUGUUGCCCACAUCCAGAAAGUCAUCUACACCACCAGAGCCCACAGGCCAAGAUGGUAACGUUGCAACCGACAUUGAAAACACAGAUAACGCGAAGAAUAAUGACUGGCUCCAUAGUAACAAGUCAUAUCAACCUGUGCGGAUUGGUGAAUGCUCAGCAAUGAGUGUAGAUACCAAUAGCAUCAUUGACUUGAAUAAAACUCCAUGUACAAAAGAUUGUGUGGACUCCAAUCUGAGUCAUGAUUGUGGUACCCCUACUACUUUUGAUAAACCCCGUCAACAGUACUUUAGGGAACGGUAUAUAAAUAUGACACCAGAAGAGAAGGAGGCUAGACGCGAACAACAAAGAAAGAGUUAUAGGGUGCCAUGGCGAAAGGAGGUCAAAGUAGCGAGUAAUAAAAGACGAAGGGAUAUGCAAAAGGAGACCCUACACCCAGAAUCUAUUGCCAUGGAGAACCCGUUAUUUAUCCCUGAGCUUGUGUGGCCCACUAUAGGCGCAUCUGGAGCUCAUGGAUCCGCGGUGAAAUCCAGUGAUUGGGUUAUCCCAGAGUCCAGUGCAACACCUUUUUAUAUUCCUCCACCUCAUGAGGAGGCCGAUGAUGAAGGAUGUGAUGAGUUGCUAUCCGGCCAUAUGACACAAAGAUCACAUGUUCUAUCUGGACAAAGACAUGCAUUGUUAACGCGUCGUAACAUGUUGUUUGAGCGUCGAAUUGGUUCGAACACAAGGACAUCUAAUAAAGAUGGUGAUUGCAUGGAUGAAGACCGAGUGGAUGCAAACACACCCUUGCCUCAAUCAAUUGUGACCAACAACAAACCAUACGUUCUAGAUACAUCAACCACACCAAUGGCACCACAGUUUGUUGAUUAUGAAUGCAAGGCUGAAGAACACAUAAACGAUAACACACCCUUGCCUCAAUCAGUACUGACCAACAAUGAAAGGACAGGACCUAGCAUUCAACCUUUAUCAACCGCACCGAUGACACCACUAUUUGAUGACAGUGAUCAUGAUGAGGGAGAUAUAUUUGAAGAGGAUGAGGAUGAUGAUGAGGGAUACCUAUUUGCUGGGCAAGAUGAUGAUGAUGUCCAAGACAAUGACCUUGAGCAAGACAUGACUUCUAUCGCUGAAGUACCUGACCGAUAUGAAAAGGUGUAUAGUAACAUGCCUAUAGAUACCCAUAUGCUAAAACCUGUCGCAAAUUGCCAACACUGCAAUGCAAAAAGGUUUGAGCAUGAACCACCUAGGUUUUGUUGUCGUAGCGGAAAGGUCGAGCUCAAUGAACUGAACGUGCCUGAUGAGCUUAUGAGGCUUUGGUCAAGUAACGAUGUAGAUGCUAAGCACUUUCGUAACAACAUUAGGUUUUUCAAUGGACACUUCUCUUUCACUUCUCUAUAUUGUCGCCUUGAUAGCGCUACUGCAAGCAUGAAAAAUAGUGGCAUAUACACCUUUCGUGCACACGGCCAGAUCUAUCACAAUAUGAGGUCAUUUGGCAGAGAAGAUGGUGAGGAGCCAAAACAUCUUGAGCUUUACUUCUAUGACGAUGAUCCAAGCCUUGAGCAUCGAUAUCGACGAUGUCGUGAAGAGAAGUGCCAAAAAGAAAAGGAAGUCAUUGAGAGGCUUGUGGCCAUCCUUCAUUAUAAUCCGUACUCACAACAACUUAGGAGUGUGGGCCAGGCUGAACACCUCGAGGACUAUCAUGUCACACUAAACCUUGACCAGAGGCUAGACUAGAGAACAUACAAUGCUCCAUUAGCCUCAGAGGUGGCUGCUAUUUGGAUCGAGGGAAGCGAACUCCUUGGUCAGUUCCAGAAUAGUGUUAUUCUGCAUGGGAAAGAUAGAAGUAGACACGGCAUCCGCUCGUAUCAUGGAUGUUAUGAUGCUCUUUCAUAUCCUCUAUUCUUCCCUAGGGGUGAGCUUGGGUGGCACAUGGAUAUUCCCAAGAAAGGAGUAAGUAUGGAAGAAGUUAUCACGUACCGUGCCCUACAGAGGGCUCGUAGUGGGUCAGAAGAAGAAACAAAUUUGUUAUUUUUCUUAUUUAAUACUUCACAUACAUGUACUCAAUGUUUAUUCUACAAACAACUCUAAUUCAAGGCUAUUUUUAGACUCCCCUGGCAGACUAUGUGUGUCUGUGCGUGACUACUACUGCUACAAAUUUCAGAUGCG